GGUCACGGAGCGACAGAGAGUCAGAGAUCCGCCGCCCUCAACGCAUUUUCACGUCCCCGCGCUCAUUCCUCACGGCCCGGUGAGGGUUCCUCUGAGUCUGGGAUAAACUGCUGCAAACCCCGAUCUCACCUUUACUCACUCGGGACAUUGACUGUGUGUGUGUGUGUGUGUGUGUGCUGCGGUACUUUCUGUUGCGGAGGUCUUGUUGUGCCCCGGCUGGUUUGCCCAUCUUACCCGUCCCAUCCGUUCCCGGUCCUCGGCGCGUCGUGUCCGGCCAGCAGCGUCCCCAGUUAUUCCAGCUCCAGCCGAGUCCAGCCUGUCUGCUAGAUCAGUAUCAUCAGGAUGAAGAUGAGACAGCUCAGAGCACUGAGUGGAUUCAUUCUGCUGACCCUGGCAGUCCUCGCCGCCGCCAGGCCAAAAGCAGGUCCUGAGCAGAAAUGUAAGUCUGGUCCAGUGGAUCUGGUCUUCCUCAUCGACAGCUCCCGCAGCGUUAGGCCACAUGAGUUUGAGACCAUGAGGAAGUUCAUGAUCGACAUCCUGGACACCCUGGAUAUUGGACUCAACGCCACCAGAGUGGGAGUGGUUCAGUACUCCAGCCAGGUCCGCAGCGAGUUCUCUCUGAAGACACACAGCAAGCUGGACACCAUGGUGAAAGGCAUCAAUCAGAUCAUCCCCCUCGCUCAGGGCACCAUGACCGGACUCGCCAUCAGAUACGUGAUGAAUAAUGCCUUCACUGCAGAGGGGGGAGACAGGCCAAAGGUCCCCAACGUGGUCGUGAUCGUGACAGAUGGACGCCCUCAGGACCGUGUGGCCGAGGUGGCAGCGGAGGCCAGAGAGAAAGGCAUUGAGAUCUACGCUGUGGGAGUGGCCAGGGCCGAUAUGACAUCACUGAGAGCCAUGGCGUCCCCGCCAUUUGAAGACCACGUCUUCCUGGUGGAGUCAUUCGAUCUCAUUCACCAGUUUGGACUGCAGUUCCAGGACAAGCUCUGUGGUGUGGAUCUGUGUCUGGAGUCGGAUCACGGCUGCGAGCACAUCUGUGAAAGCUCCCCCGGCUCCUACCACUGCCUCUGUCUGCCUGGAUACACUCUGAACAACGACGGGAAAACGUGUGCAGCCAUAGAUCUGUGUGCUGAGGGGAAUCACGACUGUGAACAGAUCUGCGUCAGCUCUCCCGGUUCCUUCACCUGCGACUGCAACAAAGGAUACAAACUGAACGACGACAAGAAGACCUGCUCAAUGAUCGACUACUGUUCGUUUGGGAACCACAGUUGUGAUCAUGAGUGUGUGAGUGUGCUCAGUGGCUAUCACUGCCGCUGUAACGAAGGAUACAGGCUGCUGGACGACGGCAAGACCUGCCAGGCCAUUGACCUGUGCGCUGAGGGGAAACAUGACUGUGAACAAAUCUGUGUCAGCGCACCGGGCGUCUUCACCUGCGACUGCAACGAAGGAUACACACUCAAUGAGGACAAGAAGACCUGCACACCCAUUGACCUGUGUGCCCAGGGGAAGCAUGACUGUGAACAGAUCUGUAUCAGUGCACCGGGCGUCUUCACCUGCGACUGCAACAAAGGAUUCAAACUCAACAAAGACAAGAAGACCUGCACAAACAUGGACCUGUGUAACACUGUGGAGCACGGCUGUGAGCACCAGUGUGUGAGCACUCCAGGAUCUUACUACUGUAUCUGCCCGGAGGGACAGCUGCUGCAGGACGAUGGCAAGAGCUGCGGCACCUGCAAGUCUGCCAACAUUGACCUGGUGCUUCUGAUCGACGGCUCCAAGAGCGUCCGCCCUCAAAACUUUGAGCUGGUCAAAAAGUUUGUCAACCAGGUUGUGGACUCUCUGGACGUGUCUGCUCAUGGAACCAGAGUUGGUCUGGUCCAGUACUCCAGCCGGGUCAGGACAGAGUUCCCUCUCAACAUGUACCACUCUGCUGAUGAGAUCAAAGCUGCGGUCAUGAAGGUUGAUUACAUGGAGAAAGGCACCAUGACAGGUCUGGCCAUCAAACACAUGCUGGAGAACAGUUUCUCAGAGGCAGAGGGCGCUCGUCCUUUCAGCCGCAACAUCCCCCGAAUCGGACUGGUCUUCACAGACGGUCGCUCCCAGGAUGACAUCACUGAGUUCGCCAAGAAAGCCAAAGAAGCCGGUAUCACCAUGUACGCUGUGGGUGUUGGAAAAGCUGUAGAAGAUGAGCUUCGUGAAAUCGCAUCUGAGCCUGUGGAGAAACAUUUCUACUACACCACCGACUUCACCGCCAUCAGCACCAUCGCUGAGAACCUCAAACUCAACGUCUGCCCAGAGGAGAGUCAGGGGGAGAUCGAGGUGAAGGACCCAUGUGCCUGUGAGAGUCUGGUGGAGUUCCAGCAGGCCACCAUGAGCAGCCUGGAGCAGCUCACACAGAAACUGACUGGGAUGACUGCUCGUCUGGAGCAGCUGGAAAACCAGCUUCUGUCCAGGAAGUGAUCUGGUGAUCAGAGUGAGCGAACAGCACGCCACAGAGGAAGAGUAACAGAAUGAGGAGGAGGAGGGGCACAUCCCGGAAAGAUCAUUCACAGGGGAAAUCAGAAACUCUUCUAAUCAAUGGACAAUCCAAAGUGUCUUCUCACAAAGCCUUUGUAGCCUUCACUAGAUCUGUUGAUCUUCACGUUUAUGAGGACGACAUUUAACUGAAAGCUUGUGAUAUAGAUUCAUAUUUCUGGUAUAGAUGUAAAUGACAUAAUUUGUAAACUUUGUGUCUUAAAAAAAAACAAACAAACAAAAAAACAAAAACAAAACACAACAACACUACAUCCAUUUUCACUCCUGCCACUGUGCGAGGCAGUCGUUACAAGACGAAAAACAAAUGUUUUCAUAAAACAGAUGAAUAUUAAAUCUUCAAGAUUCCCCGGGACACGUGUGUUAAACCUCUGGGGAUCUGAAAGCUACAGUAUACCGACAGUGUGUCAACAAACAAACAGAAUUAAGGAUAAAUACACAAGAUUUUAAAACGUGUUAUCAACCUGCUUGUAACACGUUAUCAAUCAUCUGUGCAGUCGGACACACAAAGAGGACUGUAGGCAUGUUGGCAUCUUUGUAAACUUGAUGUAAUCAACGUACUGUAGAUACAUGCACAGUGAAAACAUCACAGUGUUCAUUCACAGUCACACACCAUUUGUCUGUUUCUCUUAGUGCCUUGUUUAUACUUGAUCUGUUUUGUACGGUUUGUUAAAUAUGAUGUAUUUAUAGCAGAUUUUGUUUUCUUUUGUACCAACAGUAGAAUAGCAAAUAAUAAAGUUGGAGGGAGGAGAACCGGAGUUAUUAAAAUGAAGUGUUAUUACCACUCCCGAGAUUAAAUUGGUUACUGGGUCAUUUCUUGUUUUCCCAUAGAAAACUAAUUUUAAUGGCACGUCUGAUGGGCUUUGUGGUGGGGAGAACUGCUGAAGAGGAAACUGGGUUAAAGUUUGAAAAAAGGGAAGUUAGAAGUAUAAAGUAUCACUAUUCCUUAAAGCUGUGGUCUGUUGUUGAUUGAGGUGUUCAUAUUAUAAGAAUCAGUUGCAUUUUACUCCAAAAUAAAUAUGAGCUUUCUGUCGUGAAUAAAAUGUGUUCUUCACUCUGCACUUUCUACAUUUCAACCUUCACACGUCUGUCAAUUCUUUUACAUACAAACAUUUUGCAUUUGAGGCAGUUAAUUAUGACGAGCCAGCUGUGGAGUGCACUGCCUACCACCGUUAACAAGAGGGAAUUACACAUAUUCAAGUCAAUAAUUCAAAUAAUAUGAAAUCUGUCUGUGAGUCAGUUAAACUGUUUCAUCAGGCCACUGUAUGUAGAUUAAUAUGAUCACCUCAACUAUAGUAGAUGUUCUCACUCUUGCAGUUUUAUAUAAAAAUAAAAAAGACCACCACAAAGUCAUAGCCCUUUAUAUUUGAAUGCCUGUAUGUUUUUGUAUAUUUUCUAAUAGCUUUACCUUUUUGUAUUUUUCUGAUGAAUCCCUGUAUUACGGCACAGAAGGCAAUAAAAGAGUGAACUUUUCA